GUUUCUGUGUUGUUUUGAAAAGAAAGGUUUCAUUGUCAAGUGAAAAAUAAUCUGUUUAUGUUUUACAUGAGAACUAAUUAAUAAGAUACAUUAUGGAAAAAAAAUUGGACAAAGUAUUAUGUCUCUUAAAAAAGUUUCGCGCUGAAGAGUUGCCUAAAGUUUUAGAAAGUGCAUUUGGGAGUAAUUUUUGGAAGGAUAUUAAGGAUUUUGCUCUAAACCGUAAGAUUAGUCUUUCAAAUAGUCGCAAUGUGGCUAUGAUAUGUUUAAAUAUUUAUAAGGCUCAAGAACCUACUACUGCUGAUAUUCAAAAAGUUUUGUGGUAUCUUAAUUUUUUUGAUGUUUCAUGCCAUUCAACUGUAACCUGGAAGUGUGCCUUGUUGUUAGAUAGGAUUGACAAGUUUCCAACUGAUUUAGAAGACCUUAGACGAAAAAUUAUUCAAUCAUAUAGAUGUGAAGCACGAGAUGUGGAAAUGAUUCUAACUUUAAAAGAAGAUUUAAUUUGGUUGAUGGUAAUUGAAAAAAAAAUUACAAAGAAGGGUAUUAAGUUUGGAAAACCAUUUUUUGUAGUUAUAAAUAUCUCUUUGGAUAAGCAGUAUAUAUUUUUCCAUCCAGGAUUUGAAAAUGAUUCUUCAAAUGAUGUAAAUCAUUUAAUGCUAAUAUCAAUGGCAUUAGGAUAUGAAAAAUAUAGAGAGGUUAGUUUUGAAGGAAAAGAUGUGAAGAGUUUGUUUGAAAUGAUAAAAAGGCAUAAUACUCAGCAGAAUCAAAUUGCAGUUUUUCAACCUAAAAAAGUUCUGAUGGAGGAGAAUGUUAUGGACUUCACUCAGGGAAAAGAUCGUUCAAAUUAUGCUGAGAAUGUUUUACCACCAGGUCUUACAAAUUUAUCUGAAUUUACUGUUCAUUCUCGAAUAGAAUGGAGGGGAGAUAUGCCAUUGUGUCGUCGUUGUUUGGUUGUUACUCAACUAAGGAUACGAACAAAGGGGCGCUCUUCAUCGGUAGAAACUGUACUUAGGGAAUUAAUUGCCCUGGGUUUAGUGUCGAUACCUGUUCCUCAUUAUAUUAGCCGACUACCAUAUUUAAAUAGAAAUGUUGUACAAAUCAAAAGUAGUGAUGAAACCCGAAAUUCUCAAGGCUCAAAUUUCGAUGACGAAACAUAGAAAUAUUUUUCCAAUAUACUUUAUAUUUGUUGUACAAUAUUGAUAUUAAAAAAUAUUUAUCAUUGUCAUUAUAUGAUUUUGUUUUAUAUUCUUUAGUGUAUUUUAUUUGACUCUUCUGGUAUUUUAAUAGAUUAGAUAAAUACAUAUUUAUAAUAAAUGAGGUACAUUGUAUUUCAAAUACAUAAUCAUCAUUUUAUGAUGUUUAAUCAAUUUAUGAACCAAGAUGGUUUAUCUUGUCAUGAUCUUAUUCAUUUCAGGAUUAAUGUAUCUAUUAGUGAGUUAUUAUAUUGUUUUAUUGCA